AACAACAGAAACAUUCCUUCAUUUGGAUUUGCCUUUACUCACUUUUGCUUUUCUGGUUAACACAUGUUUGACCAACUCUCUUAAAUUUCGUGAAAUUAUCACUGUUUUACAAUUGUCAACGCUUACUGUUCACCUGAUUUGAUGUUCAUCUAUUAACUUACAUGGGUCUUCUUCAUCAACUUCACUGGGUUUCUCUCUUUCUCCUGUCUCUUUGUUAAUUUUUUUAAUGAGUUUAUUUGUCGAUUCAAUUGUUAUCACAUCAUUCUUGUCAUCAUAGUCGUCUUUAUUAUUGUUUUUAUUAUUGUUUCACUGCUAUUUACCGUGAAAUCAUAAAAACUCUUCAAGUUUUUGUUUUAGCUUCCAUUGGUAUUGUUCAAGAGCCAAAGACAUUAUCAACUUUAUCUAACUCAGUUUACCUUUUCUCCUUAUCUUCUUCAUCUUCAUCUUCAUCUUUAUUCUCUCUAUUGUGUAGAGAGUUGAUUGUUUUCAUUGUUAUUUGUGAUUUUUAAGUUUUCCUCUUUCUCUCUCAUCUUUCUUCUCUUGUUUUUGAUAUUUAUUCUCUUUCUACAGUUCAAUAGUUACCAAGAAAAAUUUUAAUUGAUCAAAAUAACCAAAGUCAGCUCAACAUCUCAUCUGGACUGUCAAAUUAUUAUGAUUCCUAGUCACAAUAAUCAUAAUCACCACAAGGCCAUUUUAACCUCUUAUAAUUUCCAUAGGAAAGUCAGAACUCUCACUUGGACUUGCAUGGCAAAGAUGCAAAACUGACCCAAAACCUUAUGUUGAUUUUAUUCCAGUCCUUUGUUGAUCUUUGGUAGAGCAAGAAAAUCCUUGAAAAUAUUUCAUAUCUAUUGUUUCAACAAGUUGGUAUUACAAGAGAAGACGACAAAAAGAGCAAGCUAAAGUUGAUGAAGAUAUCGGAAAAAACGAGCCAUAAAAUUCUAGGAGAAUAUGUGAAAACGUGAAAACUGUUGGUUAAAAAUCUAAUUAUUCACAAAGUGGCUCUCAAGACAUUCACCAAUCAAGUGUUAAUCAAUUGCGUGUUAACAUAUUGUCUAGCUUCUGUUAACUACAUGUUCACUGAAAUCAAUCAAUUUUACCGGUUUCAAUUAGUUUUCAUAUUUUAAAUUUAAAUUUCAACUUACUUAACCAUGGAUUAUAAAGGAAAAGAUAAUCCAUCAUUUAUCCAAUCAUCUCUAGAUUUAACUGAAACCCAAAGUGAAUCAAAUCCAAAUCAUCAUCAACAUUCCCAGAUUCAAAGUUUACAUUCUCAUCAAAACGGUUUAACCACAAUUCAAAGAGAAUCACCAACAUCACCAAAUCGUUUUGAGACAGUUACAUUGACCGAAGAGGAUUCUCCAGAUGAUUGUGAUAAGACUAAAAGUGAAUCAGUUAAAUUACCUUACGGUCAAAACAGUGAAGAUGAAGAUAAUAACAAUAACAAUAACACCAAUGGAAAGGUUAAAUCAAAUCCAAUCGAUUUACCGAUUGUUCCCAGACCUGAAAUGGUUAAUUUAAGUAAACCUUCGAGAAAAGGUUCCAACGUAAACUGGGGCUCUGUUUACACGGUCCCGAUAUUUGCACGAAACUUUCGUACAUCUAGCUUUGAAUCAGUAAACACAGUUUCUGAUGUUGAAAUGACUGGUCAUCGGCGUCGAGCGUCAGGUCCAGAAAAUUCAAUAGGACCAAAGAGAAGUUCAAUUGUUGAUGGUGAAAGUGGACGGAAAAAUUCAACCGUCCGAUCAAUAUUAUUCGGCGAUCCCAUGAGUCGUCGAUUUUCCCAAGAUUUGUGUAAAUUUUUUGGUCCAGAGGGAAUGGGAGACGAUGGAUCAAGUGAAGAAGAUAAUGAAACUACAAAAGUCAUAUUUUUUCAGGUUUUCAUUCCUUUUUUAAUUGCCGGUUUCGGUAAUGUGGCUGCUGGUCUUAUACUCGAUUAUGUUCAAACUUGGGAAGUCUUUCGUUCCGUUGGUGGCUUAUUUGUACUGGUUGCUUCUUUUCUUGGUUUUAAGGGAAAUCUUGAGAUGACCCUGGCUGCUCGUUUAUCUACUCAAGCUAACCUGGGCCGAAUGGAUCUUUUAAGUGAACAAUUAAAGGUCGCUGUUGGCAAUAUUGCGCUUAUUCAAUGUCAAGCUGUGAUUGUUGCCUUUCUUGCUUCAGCCAUUGCCAUUGCUUCAACCUCAUUGCAAUUAAUGACUUUCGAUCUAUCCAAAAGUUUAAUCUUGAUCUCUACCUCGUUGGUCACUGCCUCAGUAACUGGUUUAUUUUUGGCUGUCGUAAUGGUUUCUGUUGUAAUUAUAUCAAGGAAAGCUAACGUUAAUCCAGAUAAUGUGUCAACACUUAUUGCUGCCUUUCUUGGUGACUUAACUGCUGUUUGCCUGAUUGCCGGUUCAGCGUACGCUUUUCAUCGCUAUUAUUCACUUGAAUUAACCUGUAGUGUUAUUGCCUUUUUCAUAUUCACUCAACCUAUUUGUAUUUGGAUUGCUUAUACAAAUGAAUAUACGAGAACCAUCAUUGGUCAAGGCUGGGUUUCCAUUAUCAUGGCUAUGAUCAUUUCCAGUUUAGGUGGUUUCAUCUUUGAUUAUGGAGUUGUACAUUUCAAAACAAUUGCUCUCUUCCAACCAAUAAUUAACGGCGUCGGUGCUAAUCUGGUUGCUGUUCAAGCAAGCCGAAUAUCCACAUAUUUCCAUCGACGAAGCUGUCUAGGAGAGUUCCCAACUACUGAAGAUGGAGGAAAAAUGAAAAUUUGUACACCACCUCAUCGAGCUUUCUUUGGAUCAGAUCCAAAUGCAAAAACAGCUCGUCUUCUACUUUUAAUGGUUGUUCCUGGUCAUAUAAUAUACAUUGUUGCUUUGAAAUUGAUUUUACCACGAUUAAUCUGGAUAACUGGAAUGUUCCUACUCGCUUUCAUGGUUGUGGCUUUAGUCCAAGUUGCCUUAUUGCUGUACAUUGCUCAUGUUUCAGUUCCAUUACUCUGGAAGUUCGAAUAUGAUCCUGAUAACAAUGCUAUUCCCUGUUUAAUGUCAUUGGGAGAUCUUUUUGGUACAGCAUUAUUUACUGGAGCUUACAUUAUCCUCAGAAUCAUUGGUGAUCCAAAUGGUAGUCUAAAUUAGUUAAUAAGAGAUCAUCUUUUCUUGGGAAAAUAAUCAUCAUUAGUACUUCAGUCAUGACGGCCACCAAAUUGGAAUCACUAUUGCUGUUAAAAUCUUAAGUCAGCUAUACGUCAAGCUUUUUAAUAAUAAUGAGAUUAAUCAACUUUGAGCUUGAUUCUGAAAUCUCUUGCUUUGUUAUGAAAGGUUUUAAACUUUUAUUCAAUUAGAUUGACUCUGUUGAAGUGAUUCAUUUUACUAUUAUUAUUACAUUAAAAUCUUUACCAUUUACCAAUAUUUACACUAUUAA